GCACAUUGUUCCGGCGCGGUCAGUUUCGUAUGAUGAAUGAGGCAUUACUUCUGUAACUCUUCCACGUUAAGUGCACAUUGUUUCUCUACAGCGUGAGAUAAAGCGAAGCUGGCGAACGGCGACGUUGGUGUGUGUAUAGUGUAACACAGGACCCACAACAACAUAUUUAAGGUUCAUAGACUGAAGGUGCAAUGGCUGGAAUCCUCUUUGAAGAUAUCUUUGAUGUUAAAGACAUUGAUCCAGAUGGAAAAAAGUUUGAUAGAGUGUCUCGUUUACAUUGUGAAAGUGAAUCGUUCAAGAUGGACCUUAUCCUGGAUGUAAACAUUCAAAUCUAUCCUGUUGAUCUUGGUGACAAGUUCAGACUGGUUAUUGCUAGCACAUUAUAUGAAGAUGGAACACCAGAUGAUGGAGAGUAUAAUCCUCAGGAUGACCGACCAUCUAGAGCAGACCAAUUUGAUUACGUGAUGUAUGGAAAGGUUUAUAAGAUUGAGGGUGAUGAGACAUCGACAGAAGCAGCUACACGUCUGUCUGCCUAUGUGUCUUAUGGGGGACUUCUCAUGAGGCUGCAGGGAGAUGCCAACAAUCUUCACGGCUUUGAGGUGGACUCAAGGGUUUACCUCCUCAUGAAGAAACUGGCCUUUUAAAAACAAGUCUGCUCAGCCAACCAACUAUGGAUUCCACUGACAUGGUUAAUCAUAAUGGCAUACUGGUCAUCGUGAUAACACCAUUUGUAUUCUCAAGUCUGAAGUACAUGACCAUCUUCAGUAGCGGCUCACAGACAAAACAAGUGGAGACUGAUUUUUUUUAUUUUUGUAUUAGUUAAAGCUGAUUUCCUUCAAGAGGUGGGCGCAUAUUGAGGACUGUGACACUUGAGAGUUGCCACAAUUGCAUCUGCUUGCAAACUGUAAAUAAAAUAAUUUUUAUACAAAA